AUGAUUACCUCAGCAGGAGCGGCGCUAAGCUGGAGUAGGAGCAGCCCCGCCAACCAUCUCGUGCUUCUGCUUCGUGACGCCUCAUCCCCAUCGCCAGCGUGUCGAGCCAUUGCCGUCCAAGAUGCCGGUACGUCCACUGUCCCUGCGGAUCCUCGUCGAAGCAGCCCCGAGCUUCGUCUGCCGGCCGCGUGCCGGAGCUGUCACCGGAGCCUCUCCCCUGUCACCGAUGACCUCUGGCCUAUCCCGUCAUCUCUCCCGCCUCUUUCAAGGCAGCUUCGCCUCGAAAUCUCUUUUGCUAACUUGGAUUUCGCCCGUGAACCGCAGGCCUACAACUCCGACUUCAACUCCGACCCCAACCCUCCUCGCCUCAUCGGCAACUUCCCCCUCCUCCCCCUCCGCACAAAGACCCGCGGUCCCGCCUACGUCCUGCCCUUCCCGUCACCGCCGCUGCCCGCCCACGAGUCUCCCGAGAUCGAGAGCGAGAGCUAUGACAUCCUCGACGAGGUCCUGCGUCUCUUCCGCGCAAACACCUUCUUCCGCAACUUCGAGAUCAAGGGCCCCGCUGACCGCCUGCUCGUCUACGGCAUCUGGUUCGUGAGCGACUGCCUGCAAAAGAUCAAGCCCAACGCCAUUGCUCGCGAUGCCGCCAAGGAGGUCAACAACUUGGCGCUGGACCUCAACUUUGCCAUUCCUGGAGACCCGGGCUUCCCUCUAAACCAGGUUUGUCCAAUUCACAUCCCGACUUUCUUGGAGACCUUUGACGCAACGGGGCAGGACGCAGAGCAGCUCAAGCUGUACAUGGCGCAGGUCCGACAGGAGCUUGCAUCCCGGUUACUGGCCAGAGUGUACGAGGAGGAUGAGACCAAGCCCAGCAAGUGGUGGUUGAGCUUCACAAAGAGAAAGUUCAUGAACAAGUCGCUGUAA